AUGGCAGUCCUUCCCCUUAUCCCAGGCAUAAACAUCUCCAUUCUUGUGGAUGGCACGCCAGCCACAGAGCACAUACCCGUUCCCGAAGAUUUCCCCCCUCUCAUUGAUGCAACGGGUCAUCAAGACGUCGAGCACAAUAGAUGCCACAUUGAGUCCCAAGCUGGGAAACAUUUUGCCAUCCGCAUUAAGAUCUCAUCUAUAUUCAAGUUCUUCCCGGGCGAAAACACUCUCAUCGUCUCUAUUUACAUCGACGGCAAUCCCUUUGAUAAUGUAGUUAUCCCAAGAAGAUACAUUGUAAGCGCAGCGCGUGAAGACGAAGAGUACAACGAGGUUAUUUCGUGCUGUCACCGCGAGUUUCCGGAUGGCUCGUCAGAGUGUUACAAGCCCGUCUUUCGAGACAUCAGACAUCCUGCGUAUCAGACGGAUGAUGCCCUUUUCAUCAGUGAUGUUGAGAGUAUCAUGGCCUUGGGGAGCAUCCAAGUCGCUAUUGAGGUUGCGAGAGAAACCGGCCCUGGCGUGAUGGGCAACGAUGAGUUCAGCGACGAUAAGGGCAACGAGACUCUCGUCAUUGACAACGAGGUACUUCAACGCGAUGGCUCCGGCCAAAUCCACGCAACCACCUACACCAGGACAAAUGACACUCUCGACGUGGAGUACAUUGCUGUUGAUUGUGAGGACCACAUCGGAAACUUCUUCUUCUACUAUCAAUCUGCUCAUGCUCCCAGGGCUGCGUUCAACUUGCAAAAGAAAUUCAUAGACCGGAACGCUAAUGAAAUGGUCCAUCUGCACUCACAACCCAGCAAGUCAUACAAACUGAGUGACGUGCCACAAGACACUUUUUUUUGA